AUGCGCCCGACACAGUUGCGCACGUCGUUUCCGAUUAUUCGAUGCGUAGAGAACAAAAUAUAACAAGAACUUGAAUCGUUUAUUGUUAUUCAUGAUUACGCUGACGAGAUGCCAGGGAUCAUGAAGACUUUCAUUGUACUAUCUUUCCUUUGCGUCGCCGCUUUGGCCUCCGAAGAUUUUUGCUAUCAAGACGCAGUUACCGCAUGCAAUCCAACUGCUGCGAAGUAUGUUGACAAGUUGAACUGUACAGCCAAAUUUGGAGCUAUUGAUGCAGUUGAAUCUGACCUACAGAAAUUCAUAAACCAUCAUUUUAUCAGAUCCUUUGAGUAUUUACUUCUAGCAACCAAUUUUGCCACAUAUGAAAGAAACAGAGCAGGAUUUGAAAAACUUUUCCGUGGCUUGUCUGACAACAAAUGGCAUGAGGGUAUUGAAUUUAUCAAGUAUCUUACCUCUCGUGGUGGACACAUGAACUUCAAUGCUAUUUCCAAAGACAUCAAAGGUGAAGAGGCAGAAUCUCGUAGCUUUGACUUGCGUGAACUUACUGCUAUUGCUAAAGCUUUGGAUAUAGAGAAGAAGUUUGUUCAUGAAGCUCAUUCCAUCCAUCGUGAAGCUACCAGAAACAACAAACAAUUCCACGAUCCUGAAAUUUCCGAUUAUUUGGAGAAAGAAGUUGUGCACAAGGAGAGAGAUCUUAUCAGAAAGUUAGCAGGGUACAGUACUGACUUGGCUGGCCUUCUUAACGGACCAGAUAGUUCAUUGGCUCUGUAUAUGUUUGAUGAUUAUUUACAGAAGCAGUAAAUAUUUAUUUUUAAGUUUGUGAUUUAAUAAUAUUCCAUAGAUAGGUUAGAAUCACUUUUCGAUAAAUGUAUCAUCUUUUUGUGAUUAUUAGCAACUAAGAAUGUUUGUACAUUAUUCAACAAAUGUCUAUAAUAAUGUUUUUUAAAUAGAAAAAUAAAUACAUCCACGACAAAUACU